GCAGUCCGUAACAUAGUGGAGCGUUUGUAUGAUCUUUGUGUUCCUCCAAAAUUGUGUAGUCACUCGGUGAAGCUAGUCGUUUCAAAAAGGCAAGCAAGGCUUAAAAGUGUAGCGUUGUACUUGUGACAGUUGGACUACAGCAUCUUCACAAUGUCUAUUAUGUCCUAUAAUGGAGGGGCCGUCAUGGCCAUGAGGGGCAAGAACUGUGUGGCCGUCGCAUCCGACCGCAGAUUUGGCAUUCAGGCUCAAUUGGUCACAACCGACUUCCAGAAGAUCUUCCCCAUGGGCGAGAGGCUGUACAUCGGACUAGCCGGACUGGCCACUGAUGUUCAGACAGUAUCCCAGAGGCUGAAAUUCAGAUUGAACCUUUAUGAGCUGAAGGAGGGUCGCCAGAUAAAACCCAAGACUUUUAUGAGCAUGGUGUCAAACCUACUGUACGAAAAGAGGUUCGGGCCCUACUACAUCGAGCCUGUGAUUGCGGGACUAGAUCCAAAGACCUUCGAGCCAUUCAUCUGCUCCCUGGACUUAAUCGGAUGUCCCAUGGUGACGGAGGACUUUGUUGUGAGCGGGACCUGCUCGGAGCAGAUGUACGGCAUGUGUGAAUCUUUGUGGGAACCGGACAUGGAGCCCGAGGACCUCUUUGAGACCAUCUCGCAGGCCAUGCUGAACGCAGUUGAUCGAGACGCAGUGUCUGGCAUGGGUGUCGUCGUACAUGUCAUAGAGAAAGACAAGAUCACCACAAGAACCUUGAAGGCUAGGAUGGAUUAGAACUGCACCUAUCUCAAAUGUUGAUACUGAAACUGUUUUCCCCUCCUUUAUAUUGUUUAAUAAAUAAACAUGUUUACACAGUC